AUGGAAGCGACGAAAAGCAAUCCAGUUCUAGACCUCAUGCCCAGGGCCUGGCAACUUGCUUUUAUUGAUCUACAGUUGUACCGACAAGAAAAGUCUCGGGGUAACCGAAUGAGACAAAGAAGACGAAACCCCAAGAUUCGUCACAAGAGCAAUCACAAGGCACUCUACCAGGAAAGCAGUAUAUCAUCUGACUAUGCUUGGAAAGAGGAUACUGUCUCAAAGAUCGACUGGUAG